AUUAACGAUCAAAGAUAACUGAGGUGGCCACUCAAUAUAACGCUGACCUUAAAAUCAGACACUGCCGCUUAGCGAUCAGUUUAGGCGCAUACCCAUACCAUGUUUGAUAGGUUCAGUUAGAUAUGGCCGUCUCAAAAGCUGGAGUUUUAUCCUUCAUCCUGCCGGUCUUCCUGGCAGAUUUCGUCACCCGUCCUCCGAUCAUUGAAGAUUCAGCUAAGCAGCUCGCUAAUCACGUGCAGAAUGCCAACAUUUCAGCUGAGGUUGUUUCUGAGAAAAUCAACCAAGUCGUCCACAGUUCUGGCUUCAAGUUUCUUCUUGUCUACGGACUUGCUGCCGUGCUGACUUACUUUGCUGUUCAGCUGUACAAGGCGGUGACUGAGCCCUUGGCACUCUACUGCGACGAGACCAAAUAUACGUAUUUAGUGGACGGCCCAGCCGACGGCAAAUCGGCUGAGGAACGAGUGAGGGAUUUGAAGAGAUGUCGGAAGGUCGGAGACGUUCCCCCUGUCUACCCGAAUGGCUGGAUGUCUAUCCUGAUGUUGUCUGAAUUGAAGAAGAAGGAGCACAUAUUCGUUGCCGUUGCUGGUAAGAACUUGGUGGUAUUCCGAGGAGAAAGUGGGCGGCCCUACGUCGUUGACGCCUACUGUGCUCAUCUAGGCGCCAAUCUGGCCAUAGGUGGCUCAGUGCACGGUGAAUGCAUCGAAUGUCCCUUCCAUGGCUGGAGAUACCGGGGAGAAGACGGCAAGUGCGUCCAUAUUGGAUACGCGGAAAAAGGAGGGCUUUCGUUGGUCAGGCCCACUUUACCGACGUCAGCUGGGAGCCACACCCUACCGACAAGCAUGUGGCUGUACUUCAUAGGACCCUGCUUCGCCCAUUUCCACAUGGACAGUCCCCUGCUGGGUGAGCUACAAUUGGUCUUAACCGUCACUCCUGCUGGACCCAUGCGACAGAGGAUUGUGACCACUGGGUAUACCCGGAGAGGACCCAUCUCAUUCUACAUUGGCAAGAAGGCCUUGUAUGAACAGUACUACCAGAUUUGGGGUGACCUUCCGGUGUGGGCCAACAAGAAGUACGUUCGUAACCCCCCGUUUGUGAAGGAGGAUCAUCUGAUAGCGAAACAUCGCCGAUUCUUCGCCCAGUUCUACUCUGAGAACAGCCCCAAGUACGACCCGAAAGAGGAAUCUAUGGAUUGGUAAAAUUACCGUCUAAGGUUAAAAAGAGAGUACAUGUGUAUCUCAAAGCUGUCACUUUUAAUAUUUUGGCUUGGCGAUCUACGAGUAAAGGCUUAAGACUAGAAUUUACUCUUUUUGCGCUUUCUUUUUUAAUUCAUAUGCAAAGAACAUUCAUGUAAUUGCUGUAAUAAAAGGAAUUAUUUAAGUGUUGUAUUUGUCAUACGAUUUGUUAUGUUAACGUAUAAUUGCUUCAUUAUAAUGUACUACGCUUUAGAAAGCAACCACAUAAUUUAUGUUUUACAAACAAGGAUGACGAGGCGUUGAGUUAAAAUAGAUAUAUCUUUUUUAGAAUGUAAUUACUGUUUCGCUCGGAAAUCAAAACGAAUUGGUCUAGGUGAGCGUAGAUAAACAUUAAAAACGUUUGACUCAAUUUUAACGGGAAGGGGCC